CUUCCUUCUUUGUUUAUAUUCGCUCUUGUUACUCCAGAGGUACAUCAGAUAGGAUGAUGUCAAGAAACGCAGUCGCAGCGAUAUCCACCUUUAUUCCCAUCCAUUGUCUUACCAUUUCUAGAUUUAUCUUACAUUUAUUUGAUCUGUUUCUAUUCUAAUACAAUUUUUCUAGAAUGCCUUUAAUCGAAUUCAACAAGUCUUUGCUUAUUGCUGCCAUCUCUAUUGGCUUGAAUCCAUUGCUUUGGAAUAUAGCUGCGCGUUCCGAGUAUAACAACAAGACGUUGACAAAACUUGCAAAUGGGAACUCACUGAAAGCCUGUUAUGCAUUAGCUGCAUGUAUUUUCGUUGGCGGAAUCGUUCGUGAUUUAAUCUUCCAAAACGCUUUAAAGUAUCAAUCUGGCUUUGACUUGCUUUAUCACCCUAUCGUCCAAUUCGUAUCUAAGGUUUUGUUUUAUGUGGGAAGUAUUUUGGUUUUGUCGAGUAUGUACAAGUUGGGUAUCGUUGGAACCUACCUAGGCGACUAUUUUGGUUUCCUUCUUCCAGCACGCGUCAGUGGAUUUCCAUUCAACGUAACCGAAAAUCCAAUGUAUAAUGGCUCUACAAUUUGCUUUUUCUCUACAGCCCUUCGCUACGGUAAGCCUGCCGGUCUCCUAUUAUCUUUAGAAGUUUUCCUUGUUUACCGCCUAGCACUGAUGUUUGAAGAACCUUUUACUGCGAAAAUAUACGCAGCUCGUGAUCAAUAUCAUGGCAAAAAAUCCAAUUAAUGGAUUUUCUUCUUUUACGACAAUACCAAACACCCUAUGUUUACGCAUGAGAAACCAAACUUUCAUAGGCGCUUGUGGUUUUCCCUAGAAUAAAAGAAACAGCUGAUGUUUCUUGAGUUAAUUUCAUUUACUUUUUAGGGAAACAUUACUAUGUUUCAACGAAAAUUAUAUUCCUUUCAUUCGCUUACUUUUGAGUAUUUCAAGAACCAUGUACCUAUAUUAUUAUAAUGUCUAAUUACUUGUAACCCAAA